UAAAGAAGGAUGACCCUCCAUUAUACCUCAGUCUCGAAACUAUCUUAAAAAAGAAUAGAAAUACUGGAUGUGUAGCUAAAAUAAAAAAAUAGUGGAUAAUAUUCUAUCAGAAAAGUGAUAUCCUAGAAAAGCAAAAUAUAUAAGGGAAAAAAGAACAAAUAAAUAAAUCCAUAGUUGAAUACGAUUUGAUAAUUCACCGAAUAUUGUAGUUCUCAUUAUUAUUUUUUGAAGAUUUUGAGAUUCCUUGGCAUAAAAUAAUGGCUCAAGAAGUUGAAGAAACUAUGAAACGAAUUCAGUCUCACAAAGGAGUAGUUGGGACAAUAGUUGUGAAUGCAGAAGGUAUUCCGAUUAAAUCAACGUUGGAUAAUACAACAACAGUUCAAUAUGCAGGCUUAAUUAGUCAAUUGUCUGACAAAGCCCGUUCUGUUGUACGAGAUUUAGAUCCAACAAAUGAUCUAACAUUUUUGCGUAUACGUAGCAAAAAACAUGAAAUUAUGGUUGCACCUGAUAAAGAGUUUAUAUUAAUAGUGGUACAAAAUCCAGUUGAUUAAUUAAAAACAAAAUUAUAUUAUAAAAUAAAGAUUUGUUUUCUUGGCCAUUAA